CUUGUGGUGCUAACUCCGCAUAUAAUCCAUGCAUGAGUGCUUGUCCCUUGACCUGCGCUACACAGGAUCCAGCACCAUUUUGCCCAUACGCUUGUGUUGACGGAUGUGAAUGUGAUCCAGGGUUCUACCAGGAUGGUUUCAACUGUGUCCCUGUCGAAGAAUGCGGAUGCACCAUUGAUGGAUAUUACUAUUCUAUUGGAUCAUCGUAUGUGACCUCAAACUGUAAUACGGAAUGUGAAUGCAAAGGCAACAACACGUUUGAAUGCAGCAGUAUAUCGUGUGAUACUUACGCUUAUUGUGGAACUGAUUCCGGUGACUAUGGAUGUCAUUGUCUUGAGGGAUUUGUAGGUGAUGGCCACGAAUGUACUCCAUUAGCAUGUCUACCUGAGCCGUGUGCAUGGAAUGCAACUUGUCUCUAUCGACCUUCCUUUGACCUUGGUUUCUUCUGUGCUUGUGAAGACAGCAACACUAUGGGACUUUAUUGCAACGAAUCUGCAACUUACACUGAGGAGUUUACAUGUUAUGGAUUGGAGUGUGCAAAUGGUUAUUUCACAUCAGUCAACUAUCCAGAAUUUUAUCUUGAUAAUUAUGUUGGUUGGUAUCGUGUGUUUGUGCCUAAUGCCACCUCAAUCACGUUCAGAUUCAACUCGGACUUUGCGAUAGAGCAUACAAAAGACGCCCUCUAUGUUGGUCCCGGUUUAAUGUACACUGACUCGGUCAUGGAACGUGCAGCAGUUGAAGCUGAAAGUUUGUAUUUUUUGACUGGUUAUGGUUAUGAAGGGCCAAUUAUUAUAGAGGGCGACACAGCUUGGAUGUAUUUCACUACUGACUUUAGUGUCCGGUACGAAGGAUGGCAUGCAUCAUUUGAAGCAGGUUUUGGAGAGUUUGACAAUGACCAGUUCUGCUUUUAUAAUACGCAAACACGCAUGAAUGGGGAAGUAUGGGACUUGGGAGUAUGUGAUACCUGUUCAUGCACCAAUGGAACAGUAAUGUGUACAAAUGUAAGUACAUGUACAGGAGAUGUUGUUGUCUUGAUCCUGUAAAUGAAAAUUAUAUAA